AUGAAAGUUCCAAAAGUUACUAGUAUUCUUCUAGUCGUUCUACUUUCGCUUUCGUUUCUAAACUUUAUUUUAAAAUAUUAUACCUAUUUUGUUCUAAUAGUUUCAUCAUCCAAGAAACUAACAUCUGACGCAAACGCUAUUGCUCAAGAAACUGGGGACAUACCACAUCCUCAUGAAUUAUUUGUUCCAUUGCUAACAUUUAUUCCUACGAAAUCACCUGUUAUUACAAGGCCUUGGGUGAUUUUAACAAGUAGCUUUAUAGAAGAAAACUUCAUUGGGUUGACUAUGAGUUUUAUGCUACUAUUCUACCUAGGGAAAUACUUAGAGAACAUGUGGGGUUCAAGGGAAUACUCUAAGUUUAUAUUGAUAAAUGUUGUUGUAACUAAUGUUUCAAUUUAUUUGUACUAUACAAUCAAUUCGAUGAUAUUCCAUUUUGAUACUACCCCACCAGUAGUAAUAUCAGCUAUGGGAAUAAAUAUGGGAUUAUUUGUUGCCAUUAAGCAAAGAAUUUCUAAUCACUAUUUCCUAUUCUUCAAAGGUAAUCUUCGAAUACGUGUUUCGUAUUUACCAUUUUUAUUACUUGUUGCAUGUUUCUCAUUACAAUUAUUAAGUGACGAUUUCAAGAUAUCAUUUAUUUUAAGUCUCAUGGAUUUCAUAAUAAGCUGGACUUACUUAAGAUUUUUCAAAAUAGGUACUAACGAAAGAGAAUCCUACUUGUUACCAUUUGCGCUCAACAGAAAGAAGUCUAAUAAAAGCAAAUUUAAAUUCACUCCUGUCAGUAACACUAGUAAUAAAACUAAUGCUAUUGAUAACCGUACAUCAUCCUUGCAUCUUGAUAGUGUUCCAUUACGUGGUGAUAGAUCAGAACAAUUUUCUUUCUACACUUUCUUCCCGGCUCCUUUGUCACUAUUAAUGAAAGUACCUACAACAUUAAUCUUUAAUAUUUUUACACACUAUGAGAUUUUAAACGAAAAAGAUUUUCCAGAAUAUGAAGAAGAUGAUACAGACAAGUUAAUGUUUGAAGAUAUUGAUAAUUUACAAUCAAAUUUAUUUGGCUUAUCUUCGUUGAAAGGUGCUCAAGAUGUUUCGCCAAUUCGUAAUGCUGGCUCCAAAUUAAAGACUGUUUGGGACUGGCUAGUAAGUAAUCAGAAGACAAAAGUUGGUAUAAAAAAUAGUAUGGAUAAAAGAAGAAAAUUAGCAUUAAAAGAAUUGGAAUAG